AUGAUCUCCGAGAGAGGUAUAGAGGCGAACCCCGAGAAAAUCAGCGCUAUCAUGAAUAUGCGCCCUCCCAAGUCAAUCAAAGAGGUGCAAAAGCUCGCCGGAAAACUGGCUUCCCUAAAUAGAUUCAUCUCGCGGUCUGCGGAUAAGGGACUACACUUCUUCAAAAUACUUCGCGGUGCGGCAAAAUUUGAGUGGGACAAAUCUAGCCAAGAAGCAUUUGAUGCGCUGAAGAGGUAUUUAUCUUCGCCGCCUCUAUUGACAAAACCUAGAACCGGAGAGACCCUCUACCUUUACUUGGCAAUUUCUGGAAACGCAGUUAGCUCGGUCUUGGUCCGACAGGAAAACAGAGAGCACCACCCCGUGUACUAUGUUAGCAGGAUGCUGCAAGGGGCCGAAUCCAGGUACUCCCAAAUCGAAAAACUAGCCCUCUCUUUGAUCACAGCAGCCAGAAAACUGAGGCCGUAUUUUCAGUCACACCAAGUAGUGGUACUGACAAAUCACCCCCUGAAGCAAGUGCUUGCAAGUCCAGAGGUCUCCGAAAGAAUGGUCAAGUGGGCUGUGGAGCUGAGUGAGUUUGGUGUCGAAUUCCAGCCAAGACCAGCCAUUAAGGCACAGACGCUAGCUGACUUCAUUGUAGAGUUGGCAUAUGAUGAGGCAGGUAUCUCUACGCCUUCUUGGACAUGUCAUGUCGAUGGAUCAUCAACAUUGACGGGGAGCGGGGCUGGAAUAGUGUUGGAGAGUCCCGAAGGAGAUAAGUUUGAGUAUAAAACUGGAAUGAAGAGGUAUUUAUCUUCGCCGCCUCUAUUGACAAAACCUAGAACCGGAGAGACCCUCUACCUUUACUUGGCAAUUUCUGGAAACGCAGUUAGCUCGGUCUUGGUCCGACAGGAAAACAGAGAGCACCACCCCGUGUACUAUGUUAGCAGGAUGCUGCAAGGGGCCGAAUCCAGGUACUCCCAAAUCGAAAAACUAGCCCUCUCUUUGAUCACAGCAGCCAGAAAACUGAGGCCGUAUUUUCAGUCACACCAAGUAGUGGUACUGACAAAUCACCCCCUAAAGCAAGUGCUUGCAAGUCCAGAGGUCUCCGGAAGAAUGGUCAAGUGGGCUGUGGAGCUAAGUGAGUUUGGUGUCGAAUUCCAGCCAAGACCAGCCAUUAAGGCACAGACGCUAGCUGACUUCAUUGUAGAGUUGGCAUAUGAUGAGGCAGGUAUCUCUACGCCUUCUUGGAGUCUACAUGUCGAUGGAUCAUCAACAUUGACGGGGAGCGGGGCUGGAAUAGUGUUGGAGAGUCCCGAAGGAGAUAAGUUUGAGUAUGCGAUAAAACUGGAAUAUCCCUCAUCUAACAAUGAAGCGGAAUACGAGGCGCUCUUAGCAGGAGGUGAGUUGGCUUUAGCCGCAGGAGCAAGGAAGAUUGUCAUUUAUAGCGACUCACAGUUGGUGGUCAACCAAAUCCAAGGCUUGUUCGAGACCCGGGAUGAAAAGAUGGCUAAGUAUUCACAGAAAGCAAAAAAUCUACUCGAAAAGUUUGAGGAAGCCUCGGUUAUUCAGGUGUCGAGUACGGAAAACGCCGUAGCUGACCAACUAGCUAAACUAGCAAGUUCGAUGGCGGCCAUUCGAAACAGAAAAAUCACCUUUCUCUCUUCAGAAAGAGCCGCGAUAGAGGAGAAAGAGGAGGUCAUGUGCGCCGACCCAACACCUCUCAGCUGGAAGGGAGAGAUCGUCGAUUUCCUUACUAAGGGAGCCGUGCCAGAAAACCAAAAGGAGGCGAAGGCCUUAAGAGGAAAAGCAUCCCGCUUUGUCAUGAUGGACGGAGAGUUAUACAAACGUGGUUUCUCACAGCCCCUCUUAAAAUGCCUAACUCCUGAGGAGGGAAAUUAUGUCCUACGAGAGAUACACGAGGGAAUUUGCGGGAACCACCUCGGAGGAAAAGCCCUAGCAGGAAAAGCCCUCAGGCAAGGUUUCUUUUGGCCAACAAUGCUCUCCGACGCACAUGAACUAGUUAGGCGAUGCCGGGCGUACCAAGAACAUGGAAACAUUUAUCACCAGCCGGCAGCACCGAUGCGCCCCCUGGAAAGCCCCUGCCCUUUCGACCAAUGGGGCAUGGACCUAGUCGGACCUUUUCCGCAAGCCGCGGGGCAAAGGAAGUAG